CAGACAGAAAACCCUGCAUUUCAGUGGAAUUGCUGUCAGUCUUUUGGGGUCUGAAUCUGACAUUGGUCAUGUGAAGCUGGUUGUUUGGUAGGGAGGCAAUGCCAUGUACAAUAUCUCCAAACCCUCUCCCUUCUCUUCACUCCCUCCCUUUUAACUUUUCAUUUCCUCUCUUAUUCCUAAUGCCCUUUUUUACUUCCAGUUGCAUGUGACUCUGUCUCCACUCACCACUCUCCACAACAAGACUCACAACAACAACCACCACAUAAAUUCUUGCAAGUCACUCAACCCCAUCAACUCCUUCUCAUUGUCUCUAUAUAACCCAACCAACCAACCAGUUCAAUCCACCCCUUCAAACUUCUUGUUACAUAAUAAUCCUUGAACUCACAAUGCAUUGCCAAACAGCUUUCAAGCUUCUUCUCUGGACUUCUCUUACAUUUGCAUCUCUUAUCCCCCAUGGUCUCUCUCUCUCCCAAAAAAGAAAAGGGUGGGGAGAAAAAUGUACUGCCAAUGGUCAAGCUCCAACAGUUCAACAGAUCCAAGUGGGGUUUGGAAGCUCUCCAAAGUUCAUGGUGGUGGUGAAUAACAAGUGCCCUAUGUGCCCAAUCAUCGACGUUCAUUUGAAGUGUGGAAGCUUCCCUCAGGCUCUGGUCAACCCGAGGCUGCUCAAAGUGCUAGGCGUCGAUGAUUGUGUUAUUAACAGCGGGUUGCCAUUGGCACCUCUGCAGACAUUUUCCUUCAAUUACUCUCACCAAAAGUAUCUCAUGUAUCCAAAAAUCUGGUCCUUUCAAUGUGAGUGAUUAGAUUAAUUAGGCCUACCAGGUAAUUAAUCAAUUAAUUAGUUUCCUUUGUCUUGCAUCUUUUGGAUCCAUGUGAUGAAUUUUUCUUAAUCUCGUCUUAAUUAACAAUAUUAAGUACAUAAGCAUCAGAACAUACGGAAAACAUCUCUGGACCCAAAGAAAUUAAAUUGAUGGACAGAAAGUAACCAUCAGGGAAGCUUUAAACA